GCAAGAAAACUUUCACAAAGUGAUCUGAUCGCUGUGCCACCUCUGGUUUUUUGUGAAUCCACCCUCCAGCUGAAUUUAUUUCAUGUACGCCAUUUAUAUGCAAACACACGAACCCCAACCCAUUAUUUUGCUCUCAUCCUUGGUAUUCUUACGGAUGGGUGGCCUGGUUCAAACGCGAUGAGAGGAAUUUGGCGAUGGCAAGCAGCACCUCAGACACUCAUUCAAGGAGGUUGUGAACAGGACUGGAGUCUCUUUGCGAUUUUGCCUCACAAACCAACCCAAUGAGGACCUGUCAGUGCUGUGUUAUCUUUGUUUCAACUCUUGAGUGAGAACAAGUCACUUUCGCGUGGGUCAAAGUCCAACUGAGUUGGAUUCGGAUUGACAUCGGGAACGGCUAUGAUGAGACCACAAGUGGUGUAUAUCGCUUCUACAGUUUGACGGAAUCGGCUCUUGGAGAGAGAAUGGUACUUAAAGAUCAUGGUUGAAACAUCAAUCAAGAUGGCUUUACGACUACGAUCCAAUCUACUUUGGGUCCUUCUCCUAUUCGUGGUACUGUUGACAUUGGCAUGCAUGAUUCGCUUGAAUGAUUCCAUUCUUCUCGAAGACGUCGAUGAUUUGGAUGAGGUCGAAGAAGUCAUUGGUGGCCCUGAUGAAGAAAGGGUGGUCCGGCUCAAUCGAGUUUGUCAAAAGUAUUCCGACCCAUUCCGACCGGAAUCAUGGGCCGUGAGUGACGUGGGAGCAAGUGGAAAUGCUUUAAAGGCUCUGGGUUCCGAAGUUGUCUUCUUGUUCUCCCAGAAAUCCGUGGCCAGUGUGUGUGUGCCCCACAAGAUUGGAUCGCAUUCUUGGGGCCGAUUUGUUCAAAGCCUGCCCAAAAGCCAGAUCGCCUGGUCCAAAUGGCAAGCUCUGAGCUGGGAGGAUAGAUUCGAGCAAGCCUUCAAGGUGGUCGUGGUGCGACAUCCGUUUGAUCGCUUGAUCUCGGUAUAUCGAAUGAUCUUCCAAAACUGGUGCGAUCCCACGCGGUUUUUGGCAAAACAAUGGCGAAACGUUUGUCAAACAGACUUCUCAAGGGAAACCAAUGACGCCUUGUCUACCAAGCCAUCAGUGGACACGGUGACGGGAUUCUUGAAGCAAAUGUUGGAUGAGCAUCAACAUGGGAACGAUCGAUUCAUCCAGACCCUAUGGCAAAAGUUCCAUCCCAAUGAGGAGCUCACGUCUCCCAAGGAUCAGCUUCGAUUCACCUUUCCCGAAUUCGUUCGUUUCCUAGUGAAUGGAACCGCCGAACUCGGCCCUGAAAUGGCCGAUCAUAAGGGCUUAUCGUAUCAUUGGGCCCCUUACUGGCGAGAAUGCUCGCUUUGCUCUCCACAGACCCGGCCGCAAUUCGUCAUUCACUUGGAGACGUUUCAAAAGGACCUUGAUCAACUGAUGAACCGCUUAGACAUGGCGGAUCAAGCGCAUCUGUUCCCACACACUCAUAGGCAAGAAGGUGGGCAAUCAUCCCGACUAAGACACCAAUACUUCUCGACUCUGUCUCAAAGUGAAGUUCUUCAAUUAUAUGACAAGUAUCGAUUAGACCACGAACUUUUUGGUUACUCCAUACAGGAGUUUCUUUCAAGUGCUCAAAUCGCUUGAGGACAAGAAUACGAGUAAAGUGAACCCCUCCUGAGUUCAAAACGUCUAUUCAUGGCAUACCUACUGAAAAGAAACCGUCUGGAACACAUGCGACACCUUAGGUAGAAAUAAAACGAUCUUACC